CGUAUAUUUCGUUAUCAUUCAGAAGCAAUGAUAAGUCAGAAAAUGUCCGCAUGUGUGACAGCCGAAAUGGAAUCGGGGUUCCAACUUUCAUGUAAACAACAGGCGUUGUUGUUGCCCCUAUUGAUUGACUGAAAUUUUUCACCACAGCUCUACCACUUGGUUGGAAUUAAUUACAUACAAACAUGUUUGGUGUUAUUCGAGCCUUGCCCCGAUCUGCGAAACGAAUGCCCUUGAAUGCCAAGCGAGGACAUAACUACUACAAAGGUACUGGUUCCGGUGCCAUGGGUCGACAUACCAAACGAGGCGGCUAUGUCAUUGACUGGAGCAAGGUCAGAACUUUUGUUGUACCCGAUCUGGAAGGAUUUAAGCUCGGACCUUACGUUUCUCGCAAAACCAACUUGGAACGAAAGUAAACGACGCAUGCGCAUUGUCCGAUUCAAAAGGAAAAAACCAAAGCAUUCAACUAUCACCCUCAUCGAUAUAGAAAUCUCUCAACUUAUACAUAACGCUAUCUUCCCUCACUAGAGUUCGGUUUCAACGUCUUUAUUUUCAAUACAAUCAGUUUCUGGAAGCCAGUGUCUAAUUUUUGAAAUACAUACUUGAUACAAGGAUGUUCCGGACAAAAAUCACGGAUAAUUGAAAUAUGGAACGUAAAUGCCGCCAUAGAAAGAAGCAGCGCAAUCAAUGUCUGACAAGUAGGAUGCAAAUGUUUCUGUAACCCAAUUUUUUACGCAUGAAGCAACACUGCUGUGAUACACUAUAUGUUAAUCAAGGUGACUGGAGACGGCAAAAUAAAAAGAAUAGCACACGCAC